AUGACAGCACAAUCUGAAGAAGAAGCUGUUUAUAAUUUAUUAAUUGAUGAUGAAACACAAGAGUUAAGACCUAAAGUUGAUAAGGAUAAAGACGGGAAAUGGAAUUUAAAAGAAAUUCAAGAUUUUGCAACUGCUACCAACGGACGUCCAUUUGAAGAUUCCGUUAUUGAUGAAAUAGUUGAAUCUUUUGAAGUUGAUUCAGAAAACAAUCUAUUAUAUUCAGGUUUUUAUCAAAUGUACUAUAUGCAAACCAUAUCUGAUCCUGAAGAAACUUUAAAAGAUUUCAAAAAGCACAUGGCAACUUCUACAACUAAUAAUUUUGAUGUUGAUAUGACUGGAAUGGAUGAAUUAAAUUAUGAAGACCAUGCAAAGCAAGGAAUUAUUGAUAAUCUAAAUUCAUUAAAGAAUGCCAAGGCUUUAGAAGAAUUUAAAAUUCUUGUUAUUGGCGCUGGUGGUUUAGGAUGUGAAAUUUUGAAAAAUCUAGCACUAACAGGGUUCAAGCAUUUGCAUGUGAUUGAUAUGGAUACAAUCGAUUUGAGUAAUUUAAAUCGUCAGUUUUUAUUUAGGAAAAAGGAUAUUGGACAAUCAAAGGCUAUUGUUGCAGCUAAAUUUGUCAUGAGUAGAGUACCUAAUGUUGAAGUGGUUCCGUAUUUUGGAAAAAUUCAAGAUAAAGAUGACGAUUAUUAUAGACAGUUUCAACUUGUUAUCUGUGGAUUAGAUUCAAUCGAAGCAAGAAGAUGGAUAAACGCUAAAUUAAUAGAUAUGUUUGAUGAAGAUGAUAUGCAAAGUUGGAAGCCUUUAAUUGACGGUGGCACUGAAGGGUUUAAAGGCCAAGCACGUGUUAUUUUGCCAACAAUGACUUCAUGUUAUGAAUGCUCCUUAGAUAUGUUCAACAAACCAACCACUUUUCCUAUUUGUACAAUCGCUAAUACACCACGGUUACCAGAACAUUGUAUUGAGUGGGCCUCUGUAUUAGAAUGGCCACGUGUAUGGGGAGAUAAAAAAUAUGAUACAGAUAAUCCAGAAGAUAUCACUUGGUUAUAUGAACAAGCCUCUAAAAGAGCAAAGCAGUUUAACAUCACAGGCGUCACCUACUCUCUUACUCAGGGCGUUGUUAAAAAUAUCAUUCCAGCAAUAGCGUCUACAAAUGCAAUUAUAGCAGGUAAUGAUGGUAUUUAUACAUACACAUUUGAGCAUCAAAAAAAGCCAGAAUGUCCUGUAUGUGGCUCAGAAUCGAUGAUUGCUGAUUUAAACCCUCAAAUGACACUUGAAGAAUUAAUAGACUGGUUAGCUGAUAAACCUGAUGCGUAA